UUGAAACUGGUUAGACCAUCUGAGCCAGGUCAGCGACGACAAACACAACACAGAACACGCGCCCCCAUGAAAAAAUGAAAUCAAGCCCAAAUUCGAACGAAAAACCCUCCCAAUCCCAAACUCUUUGAUUUUCUCGAGAAAAUCCCCAAUUUUCUCGAGAAAAAGCAAAAUCAAACCAAAUUCAAAGGGUCAAUAUAAUGAGACUCAAGGCGUGGUUUGUGCUCACGGCGCUUGUGCUCGCCGCCGCCGCGAUUCAACAAAACGCCGCGUUUGAUUCGUCCUCGUCGUCUUCCCGGCGCCAGACUUCGCCGGAGGCUUACGUCACGCUGCUGUACGGAGAUGAGUUCCUAUUGGGCGUUCGAGUCCUCGGGAAAUCGAUACGGGACACUGGAUCGACCAAGGACAUGGUGGCUCUGGUCUCUGAUGGCGUCUCCAAUUACGCCAUGAAGCUUCUCCGGGCUGAUGGAUGGAUAGUGGAGAAGAUUAGUUUAUUGGCAAAUCCUAAUCAAGUUCGACCGACGAGGUUCUGGGGUGUCUACACAAAGCUCAAAAUUUUUAACAUGACAAACUACAAGAAAGUUGUGUAUCUUGAUGCGGAUACUAUUGUUGUCAAGAGCAUUGAGGAUCUUUUCAAAUGCAGUAAAUUCUGUGCUAACUUGAAGCAUUCUGAGAGGCUGAACUCUGGGGUGAUGGUAGUGGAACCAUCGGAAACUCUUUUUAAUGACAUGAUGAGACAAGUGACCACUUUGCCUUCUUACACUGGAGGAGAUCAGGGGUUUCUGAAUUCAUAUUAUUCUGAUUUUCCAAACGCCCAUGUCUUUGAGCCAAAUUUAUCGCAAGAGGUGCGAAAGUCUAGACCAGUUCCUAAAAUGGAGCGACUUUCCACUUUAUACAAUGCAGAUGUUGGUCUUUAUAUGCUGGCAAACAAGUGGAUGGUAGAUGAAAGUGAACUCCAUGUCAUUCACUAUACACUGGGCCCCCUCAAACCUUGGGAUUGGUGGACUUCUUGGCUUUUGAAACCGGUUGAUGUCUGGCAGAAUGUUAGGGUACAGCUUAGGGAAACCCUUCCAGGAACUGGAGGUGGCGGAAAUCCAAAUGAUGCUUUUCUUGUGAAGUUUCUUUUCCUGCUACCAUUUUGUGCUCUACUAUUUUGUUACUAUCGGUCUUGUGUUCAGACAAAGGAUUACUUUGGCUCAUUGUGUAGAAAUUCGUUGUAUGAUCAAAUCAAACACAUUUACUACAAAAUCAGAUCUAUGGGGACGCUUAAUUAUACUGUUGUUUCUACGUCAUCCUCCAUCAAUCCCAAUCAUCAGACCAAGGUGCCGGUGUACUUGGGUGGGAUCUCUAUUGUUGUCUGUUUCAUGGCUGCCCUGGUGGCCCUUGCCCUUUCUCUUGCAAUUGUGCCUCGACAAGUUAUGCCGUGGACUGGUUUGCUAUUGAUGUACGAGUGGACAUUCACAGUCUUCUUUAUAUUAUUUGGAGGGUAUCUGCAUCUAAUUUAUCAGUGGGGAAAGACAACAGCAGUGCAAGCAGGAACUUCGCCUUCUGGUCCUGAAUCAGUUGAUUAUGACUCUGGAAAAGGUCAUCAACGGCAAGCAUCUUUAUGCGAUAAUGCUACAUUCUAUUAUGGGCUAGGAAUGGCUUUUCUGGCCGUUGCUGCGCCAUCUUUGCCAUGUCUUUUCGGGAUAACAGCUCUAUUUUUACGGCUGGGUUUGAUGGUCGUCGGAGGCUUAGUUUUGGCAUCUUUCAUGACAUAUGCUUCAGAGCACCUUGCAACUAGGUCGUUUUUGAGAGGCUUCGAAGACCGAGAUGCUACGAGAAGUAGGAGCUUGUGUUUGUUUUGUUGACCGGCGAGCAAACCGAGUUUGUGUAAACAUGUAACUGUAACCAGUGUUUGAUUCCUUCUAUUGUAACCUGUUUCACAUGGAACUCCUUACGAUUAGCUUGUAAAGUAUUGCAGAAAGUAUGUUGAUUUAAGAAUUUUCUUUUGCUUUC